ACACACACGCACAAACACACACAUUCAUUCCUCUCUCCCACAGCAAAGCUGCUCUUACUCUGUCUCCCUGCUGGUCUUCACCCGAGCUGUCUCACUCUCGCAGGCGUCUGGCUUCUUCACCGCUCGUCAGUUUGAAGUGCGGCUUGAUUGUCUGAAGAUGCUGACUUUCUGUCUGUAAGACGAUUCCCCCCAGGCCAACUGCAGCUCACCACUAUGCUCAGACACAGCACAUUCCAUACGUUACUUGUAGUCAGGAUGCAGUGAGGACACUCCCCCAUUUUCAAGCACUAUGGUAUAACCCACGCUGUGAGGUCACAAUAAUGGCAUCUGCAGUUGCCAGCGGGAUUCGGACUGGCCAGUCAGUGGUCCUACAGGGCGUGGACCCCGAAACAUGCAUGAUUGUGUUCAAGAACCACUGGGCUCAGGUAGUUAAGAUCCUAGAGAAGCAUGACCCCUUACGCAGUGGCCUGAGUGGAGUCCACAGCCUCAUGGUCGGAGGUCACGGACCCCGUUUCGGCCCCGUGCCGUUGGACGAGGCCAGCGCCGUGCAGAACUACGUGGAACACAUGCUUUUCCUCCUGAUUGAGGAGGAGUGUGGUCAGAGCGGCGCCAUGGGUCCCAUCCUGGAGUUUGUGGUGACGGAGAACGUGAUGGAGAGGCUGUUUGUCUGGAGCCUCCGGCGCGAGUUCACCGACGACAUGAAACUGGACCAGCUCAAGAUGUACGAGAUGCUGAUUGGUCAGGCACGCCAACCCUUGCUGCACCACAAGCCAAUCUUGCGGCCCCUCAUGAUGCUCCUGUCGUCCUGCUCGGGCACGGCCGGCGCCACCGGCGUGCCCGUGGGCGCCGGCUCCCCCGCCGUGGAGGCCGAGCUGGUGCUGCUCCUCAACCAGCUCUGCUGUGUCCUGGCCAAGGAUCCGUCCGUGCUAGAGCUCUUCUUCCACACCAGUGAAGACCAGGGAGCAGCCAACUUCCUCAUCUUCUCCCUGCUCAUCCCCUUCAUCCACAGGGAGGGCUCCGUGGGCCAGCAGGCCAGAGAUGCCCUGCUGCUCAUCAUGGCCCUAUCGGCCGAGAACCACGUGGUGGCCAAGCACAUUGCUGAGAACACCUACUUCUGUCCGGUUCUAGCUACAGGUCUGAGUGGUUUGUACUCAUCCUUGCCCACUAAGCUGGAGAUGCCCAGUGAGGACUGGCACUGCCUGCACAGGGAGGAGUGGCAGCAGCUGCCUGCUCUCGUCCAGUUCCUCAACUCCCUUGAGUUCUGCAACGCCGUCAUGCAGGUGGCCCAUCCUACCAUUAGAGACCAGCUGGUUGGUUACAUCUCCAAUGGCUUUCUAGUUCCUGUUCUAGCACCAGCGCUGCAUAAAGUGACACUAGAGGAAGUGAUGACCACCACGGCAUACCUGGACCUGUUCCUCCGCAGCGUGACGGAACCCGCCCUGCUGCACACCUUUCUCAGCUUCAUCCUCCUCCAUCGCCAUGACAACGUACACAUCCUGGACACGCUGGUCAGCCGCAUCAACACGCCCUUUCAGCUGGGAACAAUCUCACUCGCACUUUUCCGCACUCUGAUUGGUUUAUACUGUGAGGAUGUCAUGCUGCAGCUCAUACUGAAGUAUCUGAUCCCCUGUAACCACAUUAUGCUGAGUCAGCGACGGGUGCUGAAAGAGAGGGACUGCUAUUCCGUGUCUGCCGCUAAGAUCUUGGCCCUCACGCCAUCCUGCUGCUCUCCAGAGAUCGUCCCACCACCACUCAGACAAUUGGAGUCCAUCCUGUGGUCAAAGGGCACAAAUGACUGUAACUCAGGAACUAUUGAAAUAAAGGAAGCCUACUCAGAGGAGGAUGACUCUGACAACUCCUGUGUGAUUGGUUCAGAGAUCCACCUGGACGUUAGUUACCUCCACUACCUGUAUGACGCCCACAGUGGCAUCAGAAACUGUAUCCUUGCAUGCCGCGUGUGGUCCGCCCCCUACGAUGGAGAGAACCCGCCCCCAGAGGCGUACCAGCCAAACACACUGGAGGAGGCGGGGAGGUCUCACACGUCCAGCUCCGCCCACAAGGCCUCAAUGAAUGUCUGGACUCGCCCUAAGGUCAACACACAGACCCUUAACGACCCCAGUGCCGCACCCAGUCUGGAGCUGGAGUGGGACGAUAGCUACGAUGCUGGCACCGCCCAAGCACAGCUGAAGGAAGAACAGGAGCCCCCCAGACACAUACAGGACAUGAGACGGACAGCCUUCAUGCUCGUGAAAGGCUCCUACAUUGAGGAGUCAGAAUUCCAGAAUGAUGUUAUGGUCUAUGACCUUGUAGCCCAAAAGGACACCCAGGACCGCGGUAUAAAUAAGGCUAAACCCAGUCACGCGGCAAGUGAACCAAAAGGCAUAGAAAAGGUGGGUGAACCCAUUACAGAUCUGGACACUCUGUGUUCAACGCCUGGAUCCCUGGACAAAAAAUCCGGAACCUGUAAUGGUGUGAGUUUCUCUCCACAAUCCAUGGACACAGACCACCAGGGUAAAGGGAAAGAUGGAGUCCAGCGCCAUAAUUCCACCCUCCACAUAGUGGCUCCAGAUGGAGACGACCUGGUAAGCCAGUACGAGGAGCUGAUUCAGACUCUGGUGGCCGAAGCAAACCGGCCAACAAAAGUGGAAAAGAAAUCCAAGAGUCCGGAUGUGUCCAUGGAGGAUGAGGAGGAUGACAUGGAUUUUAGCUUGUUCUCAGCUGAGACAGCAGAACCAGAGAAAGUCCCCUCACCGUUUGGGAGUAAAGCUCGCAGUCUGAGCAGGAAUCACACUAUACCUUUUACAGGGCCCUUUUUGAGUGUGCUGCUGUCUCGGCUAGAGAACAUGUUGGGAAACUCUCUGCAAGUGAACCUCCUUCUGACUGGGAUCCUGGCACAGUUAGCAGCAUACCCCCAGCCUCUGCUGCGGUGCUUCCUGCUCAACACCACCAUAGUGCUCCAGCCCAGCGUGCGCGCCCUCUAUCAGGUGCUGGCCUCACUGAAGAAUCAGAUAGAGCAGUUGGCAGUGACCCAGAAGGACUUCACCGAGCUUCUCACAGCGGCACAGCAGUGCCUGUUGGCUAGAGAAACUUCGCUCAGAGAGUUGAGGUCAGACUUGCACAGUCCUCACAGUGCAGAGAGGUCCUUAAGUUCCUCUACAGAGAAAACCAUUAGGACCUUAUCCAUCCAGCCCAAGACUGUGGUCCCCCCAAACAGGACAGAGGUGUACGCCACGGUGAUCUUCACCGAGUUCCUCAAAGAGCUGGCGGCCAUUGCUCAGGAACACUCCAUCAUCUCCCACCUGCCCAUGGAGGAGACAGACCGGUGCUGAACUGUUUCUCUCACCAAUUUCAAGAUGGUUUAGGUGGAUAUAUUUUUUCUGUGUGUCCAGCCUUCAAUACUGCUAUUUGAAGACAAUACCCCUUAAGCCCGUGGACUCAUGCUGUUUUUGGACAGUUGCUUUUUACAAGGUUUGACAGUUUUUAGCUUUACAAAGUAAGAUAUUUCAGCUGUUUAUAAUAUAUAUAUAUAUAUAUUUUUUUUUUUAUUUUAUUUUAUUUUUUUUUAACAAUCCCAGCAACCAUAGUGGUACGGAAUGCAAUGAAUGUUGCAUUGAGUAUGUCUCUUUAUGAGGAAGAAAGUCAAGGAUUUAAAUGGCACUCAGAGAUGGUGACCUACAUUGCCUGGACACACAAUACCGGGCAACACUGCUGAAAUUCCAACUCUGCGUGAAAUGACCAAAAACUGCAACACAAGAAGACUCAGAAGGGUCAGAGGGCAGAGGCUGGGACUGUACCGUCCCCAACACCUGUCCACCAGCUGCUCUUCAGCUGACCAGACUGACUCUGCACUGUCCGUCUCUGUGGUAUCCUUAUUCAUACAAUGGCCUCAUUUAAAGCGGCGCGUUUCACGCCCAGUCCCAGAGAGAUGAAUCAUGUCUGUUUAUAAGGUGUGUAGGGCGAGUUCACAUCGCAUGGAGAAAGGACAUCAUCAAUUGGUCAAACAAUUCUAAUAGAAUAGAGCAGUUAAUGGGAGCUAGUGGUGAUAGAAUUUCAUUCAUUAAUUACCACAGUAGUGUUGCUUUUGGCAGGUAACCUUUUUUUUUUUGCCUUAGAAGUGACAAAUUCAUGGAAAUGGCUAAUUCAACAUGGUCGCAAUAGAUGGCAAAUUCAAAACAUGCGGUAGACUAGCUCCAGUCUGAAGUGUGUGCAUUUAGAAUACACACUGAAUGUAGUCAAAAACACAGUCAUUAUAUUGCAUCUCUCUACCAAUUUACAUCAGUCUACCAAUGCAACAGAGUAAAUUCCAUUAUACCAUUAUUCUCAUUCAGACCUUAUCUGAAAACCUUAAACAUGGGUGUAUUGCUUGUUUUGGGUCAAACUAGCAUAUUAUUAAAAGAUAUCAUAGAUGUAUUCAUUAGAUGGUAUGCUAUUUCUUUUCCCACUGGGUGAGAGUAUUUAAACUCUUUUUGAAGAGAGAGAUUUUACU